GGUAAAUUGGUAAAGCGGCGAUCGAAUUACGGUACAAUUAUAACCCGAAUCGAUAAGAACCCCGGUUGAAGAGUAAAGACACCCCAGAGAAGAAGCAAUCACAAAUCUUUCUUCGCGUCAUACACACGACUCAAGCGAACUGCGUUAUUUGUUAUAAUGGAUGCGAACAAGAAGGCUUAUCGUGAUAGAUUGAAGGCCAGGAAGCCGGAGAAGCGGAUUAAUUCGCCUCUCGUAAGGUAUGACGAUAAUGAUCAGCCUGUUUGUAGGGUUUGUAAUGUUGUGUUGAGAUCUGAGUCUGCUUGGCAAGCACACGAGGUUACUCGUAAACAUCACGAGGCAGUCAACAAUUUGAAGGCUAAAGCUGCUGCAGUUCCUCAGGCUAACAAUGUAAAGCUAAAGUCAUCUGAAGAGUUGGCAAAGCUAAAGGAUAAAUCUGAAGAAUCAUCAGCCGCACAUGAUGUUAAACAUGAACCCUCCACGGUAUUGCAAAAAACUCGUCAAGGAUCUCAACUUCCUUCUGAUUUUUUCGAUAAUCAUGAUUUAAAGAGGCAAAAAGAAGGAACUGCAGUUGUCAAGUCAGUGAAUCACGAGUCUCACAGAGAGGCAAUUGGUCCUUCUCAGACUCAACAGAUGGGAUCUACAGAGACAAGAAGUAAUCAUAUGCAGCCCCCUAGGGAGAAUAAAAGUACAAAAAUCAGCGCAACAGAUAAUCAGCAAGUAAAAGGAGCUCUUCCUGAAGGUUUCUUUGACAACAAAGAUGCUGAUCUACGUGCACGUGGUAUUACGCCUGUAAAGCUAGAUAUUAAGGAUGAGUACAAGGAAUUUGAGAAGUUGAUUCAAGAAGACUUGCAGCAGGUUGACAACCGUUUGGAAGAAGAGGAGUAUGAUGCAGCUGACACGAUAGAAGUGGCCGAGUCUGUUGAACAACGGGUUUAUAGGGAGAGGGUAGAGAUUUUAAAGAGGAAGAAAAUGGAGCUCAAAGCUGCCAAGUCGAACAUGCAAAGGAGAAGUUCCGAUCUUGAUGGCAACGAUUCUAGUGACCAAGAUUCAUCCAGUGAUGAUGACAGUGAUGAUGCCGUUGAUUGGAGAGCUAAGCACCUGUGAAGACUUUGCAUUGGCUGGUAUAAAUGUUUUUUUGAAAGAAGAUUAACUUCAUUAAUAAGAGCACUCGCCCUCACGCAACCAGCAACAUCUCUGAGAGCUGGAUUUGCAGAUGGUUUAACUAAUGGUACUGGCACAUCACUUCGCAAUCCUCUACUACUAAACCAAAGGUUGCCAGUAAUUUUAAUAUUGCACCAAACAGUCAGAUUCAACAAUUGCAAUGUAGAAAGGGUGACUUCAUAGCCAAGUUAGAGCCUCCUUGCUCUGAGCCUCUGCCAAUGCCUAAAAAGCCCCUGGACCUUGCUUCCAUCAGCCCUCCGUUUGUACUUCUAACAAUCAGACUGGUUCCGAACUGCUUAAAAUCUUCGAGAUUGCUGCGUCUACACUGACUUUGAUGGUGUUUAUUGUUUGCAAGAAUUGUAUCCAUGUUGUGGUUCCAUCAUUACAAUCGUUGAUUUCUUAGUCCUUAUAAAGUGCUGAUUUAUCGAUGAAUA